GGCCCGAGAGCAGCGUGAGCCCUCCGUGUCCCGCCGAGCCUGGGCGCUCCGUGUCCCGCCGAGCCUGGGCGCUCCGUGCCCCGCCGAACCGAGCCUGGGCGCCCCGUGCCGAACCUCGCCGAGCCCCGGAGCUCUGUGCCCCGCCGAGCCUGUCCCACCGCCGCGAUGAUGCCUGGCCGGACCCUGCGCAAAGCCGCGCCGCCAGCUGCUCCUGCAGGGCGAGAGGCGGCGGCGGAGUGCGCCCUGGAGCUGACCCGCAUCGGCGACAGGUGGGACCUGCGGCAGAGGCUCCUGAACCUGCUCGCCAAGCUCUUCCGCCCCGGAACGUGGGCUGCCCGCGGACACGGCGAACGGAGCGGAAGAGGACCUUGGCUUUGUGGGUUCGGAAGAAGAGGCUCCACAGACAUUGGGAGAUGAAGAAACCUCAAAUCUCGCUGCGUUGUAUUUGGGUGACUGCAGCUGCUGGAGGAUGGCUAUCACAUGUUUUCUCUGAAGAAUGUUACAGCAAUUCUGGCGUAUGAAUGCCAGGUGGGGAAAAAAGAUAAUGAUGGGCUGAGCCCCUAAACUGUGCAGUGAUGACUUGGGGGGAGCUGGUGACGUGGGGAGAUUUGUGACAAGACUGAACUUGCCCUUCACCGUGGUCUGAGAACGCUUUCAGGAACCUCGUUUCCCCAGUCACCCUCUGGUCCUCAUGUCCCAUAGCCAUGUUUCACCGAGGAGCUCAGCCCACCUACAGGAUGAAGCAAAAAAAAAAGUCAGUCUGCUGGAAUUUGGGAUCACAUGCCACACAGAAGAAGCCAGUUGCUGGACUUUUGCUACUCUUCUCUAAACUGUGGAUCCUGCUGGACAGGGAUCUAGUGGUGUUUAUUAAAAUUCGUUAAAGACAACCACUAUCUUUAUUGGAAAGUUAUUGUUACAGGAUGUUGUUUGGCAGACUAAAAGUUGUAAUUCUAUGAAUUAAUACAGUGUUGCAUAGUUCUAGUCUAUAGUACAAAUAUAUAGUAUAAGUUUAUAUAUAUAUAGUAUGUAUACAUAAAAUAUAAAUGUAUGCACUGCUAGUGCAUGUCAUAAGCAUUUAAUAGAACUAUUCAUCAAAAGCUGUUUGUUUAAUCUCAAAACACAGUAUGAAAAAAUGUUCAAAACAUGACAAAACUAAAUAUAAAACGAUAUUAUAUAAACAAAAAAAAGGAUAAUAUUUUCUGAUGAUAAAGGAAAUAAGUCAUGCUUCAGAGAGGGAAGCAUACUUUGGCAUUAUAAGAUAUGUAUCUGAAUAUAUAUUACAC